AUGGCAUGGUCGGUUGAGCUGUCAGAGUUCGAUUUGUCUUUUGAGCCGAGAGGUCCCAUCAAGUCGCAGCACUUGGCCGAUUUUGUUAACGAGCUUACCCCUUCGGGGCGUUUUGAGGACGAGCCGUGGACCUUGCAUGUCGAUGGGUCUUCCAACGCCCAAGGCAGCGGAGCAGGAGUAAUACUGGCUAGUCCCUUAGGCGUCACAAUCGAGCAGGAGACAAAAUCACUUAAAAAGGGAAACUGUUACAUAGUUAGCACAAGCCCUCCAAAUGUAUACAAAGCUUACCUUAAUCAGUUUCAAAAAGACUUUAAAUUGUUUCUGAAAUCACGUUCGGAGGAACUUGUGUAUGGAGGAGCAAUGGUCUUGGUGUUUUCCGGCAACACUGGAACUCCUAGAAGAACUUGUUGGGAAAUAAUUAGUCUAAUACUCAAUGACAUGUUCUUGGAGGGUUUGAUUGAAGAAGAAAAAUUGGAUUCCUUUAACAUACCAGUGUUUGAACCUACGAUUGAGGAAGUAAGGCAUGUAAUUAAGGAAGAAGGAUCAUUCUUUGUUCAAAGAUUAGAGAUUUGUAACGUGCCUUGGGAUGAGUGCAUAAAUGAUGAUGGUGGUGAUUUUUUUCUUGAUGGAAAUAUAAGAGCCAAAGUCAUCACCAAGCACGCAAGAGCAGUAAUGGAGCCUCUCUUAUCCGUAAGUUUUGGUGCACAAGUUAUAAAUGAAGUAUUCAUCAGGUUUCAAAAGAAAAUUGUGCAACUUAUGGAGGUGGAGAAAUUGGAGAGUGGUGCAUUUGUGAUGUCCGUUACAAAAAUUGCUUGA